AUGGAUGCCGAAAAUCCCCGCUGGGAGAGGUCCCUUCCAGGGAAAGAUGUUGGGGGCGGGGAUCUCCAAAUUUUAAAAAUCUCCAAUUCAGUAUGGACCGGGGAUUGUAUUGUUAUCCCUAUCUCCAAACCCGGUCUGACAAGAAUUCGGGGCGAGUUUGGGAGACAACCCCCUGACAGGAGCGAGGACGGGAGAAUUCCCCGAAAAUUCUUAGAGCAUCCACAAUGGAAGGGUGUAUAA